AUGAACCGGCAGCUACUGCACAUUGUGACAGCCUUGUUUGCAUUUUUCUUAGAAACAAAUCGCUUCAGGACGGCUUUCUGCAAAGACCAUGACUCCAGGUCCGGAAAACCGCCUUCGCAGACUCUGUCUCCCUCGGAUUUCUUGGACAAAUUGAUGGGAAGGACAUCGGGAUAUGAUGCAAGAAUCCGGCCAAAUUUCAAAGGUCCUCCAGUAAACGUUACUUGCAAUAUUUUUAUCAACAGUUUCGGAUCAGUCACAGAAACCACCAUGGACUAUCGAGUGAACAUCUUUUUGAGACAACAAUGGAAUGACUCACGGCUGGCGUACAGUGAGUACCCGGACGACUCCCUGGACUUGGACCCAUCUAUGCUAGACUCCAUCUGGAAACCAGAUCUGUUCUUUGCCAAUGAGAAGGGGGCCAACUUCCACGAUGUCACCACCGACAACAAAUUGCUACGGAUUUCAAAAAACGGCAAAGUGCUGUACAGUAUCAGACUCACCUUGACUUUAUCCUGCCCCAUGGACUUGAAGAACUUUCCAAUGGACGUGCAGACGUGUACAAUGCAGCUGGAGAGUUUUGGGUACACGAUGAAUGACCUGAUAUUUGAGUGGCUAAGUGAUGGCCCAGUGCAAGUUGCUGAAGGGUUGACCUUGCCACAGUUUAUUUUGAAAGAAGAGAAGGAACUUGGCUACUGCACAAAGCACUACAACACCGGAAAGUUUACUUGCAUUGAGGUCAAGUUUCACCUGGAACGCCAGAUGGGCUAUUAUCUGAUUCAGAUGUAUAUCCCCAGCCUGUUGAUAGUCAUUUUAUCCUGGGUCUCCUUUUGGAUAAACAUGGAUGCGGCCCCUGCCAGGGUCGCACUGGGCAUCACCACAGUCUUAACGAUGACCACCCAAAGUUCAGGUUCCAGGGCAUCUCUGCCAAAGGUGUCCUAUGUAAAAGCGAUUGACAUCUGGAUGGCGGUGUGCCUUCUGUUUGUGUUUGCUGCCUUACUGGAAUAUGCAGCAGUGAACUUUGUCUCCAGGCAACAUAAGGAGUUCCUGCGUCUUCGAAGACGACAGAAGAGGCAGAAUAAGGAAGAGGAUGUUACUCGUGAAAGCCGUUUCAAUUUCAGCGGUUAUGGGAUGGGCCACUGCCUCCAAGUGAAAGAUGGAACAGCCGUCAAGGCCACACCUGCCAACCCGCUACCACAGCCCCCCAAAGAUGCAGAUGCCAUCAAGAAGAAGUUUGUGGACCGGGCAAAAAGGAUUGACACGAUAUCCCGAGCUGCCUUCCCACUGGCCUUCCUCAUUUUCAACAUCUUUUACUGGAUCACAUACAAGAUCAUUCGGCAUGAAGAUGUCCACAAGAAAUAG